UUGGGUAGUGGUGGGGCUCGCGUAUGUUGCCCGACGCGGGCAAUAUAUGAGUUCUCUCUAGGAUAGAAGUCUAUCUUACAAGUAAUCGACGACCAGAGUGAAUCGGAAUACAAAUUGGAAGAGGAUUCAUUCACAGGGCACCUUAACCUAGCUGCAAUUUGCGGGGGAGAGAGAGAGCUCUCGGUCGAUCGAGAGAACACAAUCGCCAGCGUGUUCAAAUCGCAAAGCAGGGGCAGAAACAUUGUUUUUCUUAUGCUUUCAUUGCCCUGGCCAUGGCCCCCGAGAUGAUGUUAUGGAAGUCUCUUCAUCAAUUCUCGAUGUUGUGGCAACUAAGAAGAGUGAAGAAAUCAUUUCCCCAGAAGAUAUAGCGUGGGCAGACUCCUGCUUGGUCAAAGAUUCUGAAAUAUUGGAUUGUAACUGGGAUGCUCUGAAAGCUGCCUUACUGGAAAUUGGAGCUUCACAACCUGAUUCAUUUGACUCCUCUGUGUCUUCCAGAUACAGCGGAAUGUUUGACAACGAGAUCCUUGCUUCCAAUGAAGGAUCACAAACACCGCUCACAUUAGGAAUGACUGAUUCUAGCGAAGAUGCUUCAAGUGAUGAUGAGGUCGAACAGCCUGACGAUGAUUCUAGAAUACUUGAGAAGGUUGAUAAGUUGAUUUCGAAAACUAAAUGGCAGCGUCCAUUUCAGCCAAAUUACAGAGAGUAUUUGAAAGAAAGUGAAAAUGCCGAUUCUGAGUUCAACAUGGGUUUCCCUGCAUUUGCAGCGGAGGAAUCAAGUGAGGAUAUCUUCAGGGUCUGGGAUUUGGGCAUCCCAGCUGACUCUGAGGAAGACGUACUAAUCAAGGCAGCUGAAUAUGGCCGUGGAAGAAACUUCCUCACAGUCAAUAGUUUCAACUUCUGAUGAUGAUUCCGGUGGGGUAGAAGUUUUCAAAGAGGAGCGGCUUGAUGACAUCGCAGCUGGCCUUUCCGACCUCUCUCUGGACCAAAACAGACGAGGGAUGAAGGUAAAUUCUAGUAACCAGAGGUGAGGUUUUAUUUCUUCUUCUUUUUUUUUUUUUGGUUAGGGAGCGCGCGGGGGGGGGGGGGGGGGG